AUGACAAAUCCAUCACCCGUCAUCCAAACUCAGUUCCCUAACCGCUCACCCCUCGUUCAUUCCCACUCGACCUUUUCAGACUCUUCCAACCCCAACGUCCCGGUCUUUGAUAAUACAGCUCUUGAUCCUGAUAUUCUGGCUCAAACGGAGGUCAUCAGGCGUGAAAGACUGGAGAGGCGACGGAGAAAGGCUGAGGCCGAGGCGGCUGCUGCUGCUGCUGCUACUGCUACUGCUGCCGGCGCUGCUUCGACUCCGGCGCUUCCAGAGCCUGAGGCGAAUAAAGAGGCGGCCAAAGUCCUGGUCGGGAACCUGAUCGGAGAAGACCAUGUCAACUAUGUGUUGAUGUACAAUAUGUUGACGGGCAUCCGGAUAGGCGUGUCUCGUUGUCAAGCCAAACCUGCACGGCCACUGACAGAUGACGACUACACUGCUCGGCAUAAAUUCUCAUUCGACAUCGUCGGAAACGAGUUGACCCCCUCAGCAAAGUACGACUUCAAGUUCAAGGAUUACGCGCCCUGGGUCUUCCGGGAUCUGCGAGACGAGCAUUUCCACCUCGAUCCAGCCGACUAUUUGCUUUCCCUCACUGCCAAAUAUAUUCUCUCCGAGCUAGGAUCCCCCGGUAAAUCUGGGUCCUUCUUCUACUUCUCCCGCGAUUAUCGAUUCAUUAUCAAGACCAUUUCACACUCUGAGCACAAAUUCCUUCGAUCCAUUCUCAAAGAUUACCACGAGCACGUCAAGAAUAACCCGCAUACCCUCUUGUCCCGCUUCUACGGUUUGCAUCGUGUCAAAUUGCCCAGGGGCCGAAAGAUCCACUUUGUGAUCAUGAACAAUCUCUUCCCGCCACACCGAGAUAUCCACGAGACUUAUGACCUCAAAGGGUCAGCGUAUGGUCGAGAAUACCCAGAAGAGAAGGCAAAAAUCAAUCCUCGGGCUGUCCUCAAGGAUAAAAACUGGGUAAAUCGAGGCCGCACGCUGGAGCUUGGCCCAGAGAAAAGGGCAUUGUUCUCGGAACAGCUGCGACGAGAUAUGGAGUUCCUAAAGCACGUUCAUGUCAUGGACUAUUCGCUCCUGGUAGGCAUCCACAAUAUGGAGCGAGGAAACCGGGACAAUCUGCGAGAAAAUUCUCUGCACGUCUUCCAUCCCGAGGUUCGACCUGUUCGUCGGAAACCAUCUGUCAAACCCCCUUCAGAAGCCUCCAAUAUGCGAAAAGCCGUCCGUCGAUCAGAUCCUAAGAUGCUCGACGUUUCUUCCCAAUUACCCGCCGAUGGUUCGGCUGAUCGAAGACAUUUCUUGUUUUACCAAGAUGAAGGCGGUCUUCGAGCGACCGAUGAAGCGAAUCAAGAUAUGGACGUGAUCUACUAUCUCGGUAUCAUCGACAUCUGCACACCUUACAAUAGUGUGAAGAAGCUCGAGCACUUCUGGAAGGCAAUGACGGAGGACAGAAAUACCAUCUCCUGUAUCGAUCCUUCAGCUUAUGGAAGGAGGUUCCUGAAUUUCCUGCUUUCAGUUAUGCGUAAUGGCGAUAUAAACCUUCGUCCAUCUGGCCUCCUGCCAUCGGACCCUAUAAUACCGGAACCGGCCGUUGGAACCGAGCAGAGAACUCCUCAGACUGUGGCAGCGUCGGGUCACGGGACGAUGCUCGGCGCGCAGAGCCCUACGAGUCCGUCAUCGAACGGGAUGGAUAGCGGCGUCCCGCGGCUCCAGCACGAAGGUGUGAUUCGCGAAUCUGAUCGGCAAGCGGAUAAUUUCUACUCGACCGGGUUUAGCCACGACAAUCCAUCCAUCAACGGAGUCAAUGGCACCAACGGAGCAAAUGGAGUCGACAGAGAUGCAUCGACCAAGCAGCCAGAUGGAUUCAAGGAUGCGUGGUCACACUCAACCCAGCAUCCUCAAAAUUCCAUCGUAGGACACCUCAAGGCAGAGUGA